AUGGAAGAAUCAGCUGACCUACGGUCUGGGUCACGAAAGUUGACCAAGAAAAAGGAGUUGCUUCAAGUGGGGUACGAAUCAGACUCCGAAGAUAAUGAUUACGAUAGUGAAGAAGAGAACAGUGCAGACAAUGUGGCCACAAAAGCAGACGACGACAAUAAUGACAGCACUAUCAGCGGAAACGGAUUAGACGAUGAUAUGUUUGCGAGCGAGGAUGAAAAGGAAGAUAACAACCCUACCUUGACCAAAUCAAAAGGAUUCAAUAUGGAUGAAUUUGAAAAAGAGCAUGGUCUAGGGAAGUAUGAUGAUGAAGCAGCCCCGUCGAUAGACGCUAAGGAAGAACCAUCUUUCCCGGAGAGCGACAAAGGUGAGGCACAUGACUACUAUAACAACAUAGAGGAUUACGAUGGAGACGAAAGACGCCCUUACGUCAAACAUGAAUUGCAGAUCGAAGCCUUUAAUUUGCGAGAAGAGGCCGAAACGGGCACUUUUGACAAGGACAUGAAUUACGUGAAAGAAAAAAAUAGCGACGACGAAAACGAAGAAGAUGCUUGGAUGGCUGGAAUUAAAAACUCUGAAAUCAAAAAAGCUCGUGAAGCACAGCAAAAGUCAACCUUUAAGAAAAGUAAGCUUCAAUCUUCUCAAAUACCUACAGAAUCACUUUUGGGAAACCUCAUCUCCUUGCUAGAACCCGCAGAAACUCCAAUGGAAGCUUUAAUAAGACUACGACCAAACAAAUCGAGAAGAAACAAGAAAAUUGUUGACGAACAACAAGAAAGAGUAAGAAAAGACGCAGUUUUAAACUUGACAGAAUGUUGCGAGCAACUAUCAAACCACAAAGGUAUCUAUUCCGUUUACGACUUAAGUCGAGAAGAGCUUAUGAGGCUCUAUUACAAACAAACUGGGGAGGAAUUCCAACUCAGAGGCGUAAAACGGGGAAUUGAUCAAAUGGAAAAUGAGGAUGAGCCUUCUCAAGAAGAAAUCACUGGUAAUGAGAGUAAUGGAUACGGAGAAAAAAUUUGGGAAUAUCGUUGGGUAGAUAAUAGAGAUGAAAUAUUGGGAACAUACUCGUCUUACGAAAUGAAUUACUGGAAGGAAACCUACUUCAAUAAUGAAGUUGAAGUACGCCGAGUGGGGCAAGAGGAAUUUGAGCCAAUAUCGGAAGUUGUCUUUAGCACCUGA